CCACCAGUAGUUUACAGGCGAUUUAUUGGUCGAGGUAGACACUUUAAGUAGAGUCGCAAACCAAACAGUACUCAUCUCGUUCUUCCCCUUCCUCCUCAUCCAUCAUGUACCCCUCCAAGCAGGAGCCCACCUACGGUGCCCCGCCGGCCGCCAACGCCUACUACGGCGCGCCACCACCGUCCACCGGCCUCCCGGUGACUGUGCCGCCGGGCGGUUUCCAACUCCAAGCUCAUCUUCCGACGAUCGGCCCCUGGUCCACCGGCCUCUGCGACUGCGGCGACGAUACCAGAAACUGCUGCAUCACCUGCCUCUGCCCCUGCAUCACCUUCGGCCAGGUCGCCGAGAUCAUCGACAAAGGAUCCACUUCGUGCGGGGCGAGCGGGGCGCUGUACGUGCUGAUACUCUGCGUGACCGGCUGCUCCUGCUUGUACUCCUGCUUCUACCGCACCAAGCUGCGGGCUCAGUACGGGCUGCGCGAGGAGCCCUGCAACGACUGCCUCGUCCACUGCUGCUGCGAGUACUGCUCCCUCUGCCAGAUGUACCGCGAGCUCACCCGCCGCGGCUUCAACAUGGACAUAGGAUGGCACGCGAACAUGGAAAGGCAGGGCCAUAUGGCGACGAUGCCGCCGCCACCCCAGUCCAUGAGCCGCUGAGGCCGCCGCGCCGCUUCUUCUUUCUUCCUUUGCAUGCAUAUGCCGAUAUGGCGAUCACUGUCUUGCUUUGCCGCGUCGUCUCUGCAAUUUGUGUGGUGUGAAUAAUGCAUCAACGUGGUUAAUAAUUAAGGAAGAUGUUUGUCGAUUAUGGGAAUGAUGUAUAUCCGGUAUGAAAUCAGGUCGUUGGGUCAAGUCCACUGGAAAUCUUAACUGAGUUUUAUUUUAGUUGGGGAAAUUAUAUAAA